AUGGAGAAUGAUGAUCUGUGCGAGCUGAGUAAUCUGAAUGAGAACGCUGUUGUUGACAUACUUGAGAAGAGAUACGCCUCAGGGAAGAUUUAUACCAAAUCUGGUCUGGUGUUUUUGGCUCUUAAUCCAUAUGAAAAUAUAGGUUCCUGCGGCGGAGAGACUAUGCAGUCAUGCUCUUCCUACAGCCAUCCUCAUGUUUACGACGUGGCAGAAGCAUCGCACCAGGACCUACUUGUGCAUGGAAAUCAAACCAUUGUAAUAAGCGGAGAGUCAGGGUCUGGAAAAACCGAAAAUGCGAAACUAGUUAUAAAGUAUCUGCUGGAGGGAACUGCAAGCAGUACUUCCAUUGAAAAGGGCAUAACAGCAGCAAAUACCAUUUUAGAAGCCUUUGGAAAUGCCCAGACGGCCCUUAAUGAUAACAGCUCAAGGUUUGGAAAGAGGAUUAAGCUGAUGUUUGACGGAAAGAUAACGGGAGCUAAGUUUGAAACCUAUCUUCUUGAAAAGAGCAGAGUAACACAUCAUGAGCUUGGAGAGAAAAAUUUCCACAUAUUUUACCAAUUCUGUGCUUCCAAGGGCCUGAGCCUAAAGAAUGACUUCAUUGACACCUCAAGUCUUGCAGGAAACAAAGAAGGCCUCAUACGACUAUCCGAAGAAUAUGAAACAACAUGUUCUGCAAUGAAAAGCAUAGGAAUAUGCAGUCUAAAGGCGAUUGAGGAUUGCCUCUUAGGAAUUUUGUAUCUGGGGUCUAUCCAGUUCAAUAGCGAUGGAAUUCUGAAAGCUGUGAGAAACGAGUACUUUACGGAGUUUUGCAAGCUCCAUGGUAUUCAAGAGGAUACAUUUGAAGAGUCUCUUGUCAAAUUUUCCAUUCAGGUCAAGGGAGAAACGAUCGAGGUCUUCAACACUUUGAAGCAAGCCAUCACAAUAAGGAACUCUAUGGCCAGGCUGCUGUACUCAAACGUGUUCAACUACAUUACGGCAUCUAUAAACAACUGCCUGGGCGGAAGCGGAGAACACUCUAUCUCGGUCCUUGAUAUAUUUGGGUUUGAAAUCUUCGAGAGCAAUGGACUUGACCAGCUUUGCAUAAACUGGACCAAUGAGAAAAUACAGAACGACUUCAUCAAGAAGAUUUUCAGAGACAAGCAAAAAAUGUACAAAGAAGAAGGGAUUGAGUGGAGCGAUGUUGAGUGUUUCGACAACAACCAAUGUAUCCUCGACUUUGAAAAGCCUUGCGGGCUUAUGGACCUGAUAAGCGAAGAGAGCUUCAACGCAUGGGGGAAUGUCAAGAACCUGAGUGUGAAGAUAAAAAACUACUUAAACGGGAGGAUUAGAACUAAGGCUGGCGACAAGAUAGUUGUGUCUCACUAUGCAGGAGAUGUGGAGUAUGACCUUAGGUCAUUUUUAGACAAGAAUAGGGAGAAAGGAAACCUGAGGAUAUUCAAGAACCCCCUUAUUGCUGAUGAGGAAAGCAAGGAGGAUCUGGUGAAAUACUUCAAAGACUCUAUGAACAAGCUGCUCAGCUCCAUAAACGAGACACAGGCAAAGUACAUUAAGUGCAUAAGGCCCAACUCCCAUAGGAGGCCAAGAAUAUUCGAUAGACAGCUUGUAUCAAAGCAGCUUGCUGAAUGUGGGAUUCUGGAAACGAUAAGAAUAAGCAAGCAGUGUUUUCCGCAAGAGAUAGCAAAGGACGAGUUCGAAAGCCGAUACAGAAUUCUUGGACCCACUUUAUUUGAGGUUGUUAGCAUAGAAAAGGGAGAAACUAGAUACUUCAUGAAUAACGAGAGUCUGAAAAUUUUAGAGAUGCGUAGACUUAUGUUCUACGACGAGUGUUUUAGAAACAUCAGGCGUGCAUUGAGAAGCUAUCUAGAUGGGCGUGUUCUUAGCAAGAAGCAAAGCAUCACGUUUGUAACCAAGCCCAUGGACUCUGGACCUGCCCUGAUAGACAACAGCUCUAUGGAGCUCCCGAUACAACGGGAUUUUAGUACCGAGGAGUCACACAGCUUGGCAGAAAGUCGUGAAGAGCAGAGAAGUUAUGCCGAAAUCAUACGAGACUUAGAGCUAAAGAUCGAGCAGUACAAGAAAUUCUGUGAGGCACCCUGUAGAAAUUGCAGAUCUCUCGAACUAAAGUAUAGAUUUCAGAGCGAGGCUUUAAAGAAAAAGAACAUGGUUGAGCUAGAGCUUGAGAAGUACAAGGCAAAGGUCGAAGACCUGGAGAGGCGCCUCUCUGAAAAGGAUGAUGACGACUCGCACAUAAGCAUAUCGUUUACAAACUCAUACAAUGUGUUUAGCUGCUUAGUCCAGCUAUAUCUGGAAUUUGUUCCCACGUUUUCUAGUGAUGAGGUGCCAAAGUCUGAGAUCCUGAGCCUUGCCCAUUCUGCAUUCUACGCUGUAAAUAAGCUUGGAAGAGAUGUUGUGGAAAGUUCUAUUUGCAUGGUAGGCGAAGUUAGUCUCAAACUGCACAUGUUUGAAAGGAACAUACACAAGGUUUCCUUUAUAUUGUCCAAUCUGAUUGAAUAUGAAGGUAUCCUCCGUAGGCAAGGAAUCGGGAGCAUAGACGAAGUCAAAGGCCUUGUAUCCAUCCUGUUCAAGCAUCUUUGCGAACUUCAGAGAAGUUCCCUCCUCGAGGUUCUACCGCAUGCAGUAUUGGAGCAUCAGCAGCUAUCAAAAUUCAAGUGUAGCGAGGGAUACUUCAAAAGAAUAUUCAAACCUCCCCACAUCUCAAAACUUAUACGCCUUCUGGAAUACUUCUACCAUCAGAUGUCUUACUACUACAUUCCAGACCCAUAUGUUAUGGAGUCUGUCAACUACCUUCUGAAGACCAUCAACGUCUCUGUUUUCAACGAGAUCCUGGUUAAAAGGAAUUUUCUUUCUUUUAACAGGGGCGUUCAGAUAAAUUAUAACAUAAACGAGAUAGAUAAGUUCUGCAGAAGCAUAAAUUAUCUGGAAGGGAUGUUUAAUCUGUCGCAUACCACGUCGAUAAUAAGGCUUAUUAAUCUCGUUGAGUCUCGUGCAACAGCAGACUCGAUUCUGGACGAGUGCUCUAUCUUGAACUGCGUUCAGAUAAACGAAAUUGUAUCGAAACUUGAUGCGGAGGCUUCCUACUUCUUUGGAGACGACAACAGGAGCGACAAGUUCAUCUCUGAUCCGACCGUAACCUUACCCUCAUACACAGAGGCUUCCUCAGACUCGUUCAUAUGUCCCAGGUAUCUACCGUCAGAAAGCUUACUAUCCAUACUAAAGUCAAUAAGAUAG